CGGAAACGUAGCGUCGCCUCUCCUCGAAGAUUCUUGAGGAUCUGUUCAAGGAUCUGGUGUCUCCAUUCUAAUGCAGUCUGAGGAGGAGAAAAGAGCAGUAUGUGUGAUUACUAAGAAGUCAUCUGUAUUCAAGCUACAUAGGAUCUCUUAGAGUGGAGCCUUAGAUUAUUAAAGAUUUCUUUAGUGUGAGUCCCCUCCUCCCGUCUGGCAUCAUGACGUCCUCAAUGCUCCGACGACAACUGAAAAACCUGGUCCAGAACUACUCUGAGGCCGAGGUCAAGGUAAGAGAAGCGACCUCCAAUGACCCCUGGGGCCCAUCCAGCUCCCAGAUGGCAGAUAUUUCAGACCUGACGUACAAUGUAGUUGCCUGUAAUGAGAUCAUGACCAUGCUCUGGAAACGACUGAAAGACGACAGAAACUGGAGGCACAUUCACAAGUCCUUGACCCUCCUUGAAUACCUGCUGAAGACUGGUGAUGAACGCGUGCUUCUGAAAAUGAAAGACAAUAUCUACAUCGUUAAAGCACUAACAGAAUACCGCUUCUCUGAUAAGGAUGGCAAAGAUCAGGGAGUGAAUGUUCGAGAAAAAGCCAAAGUUGUUCUAGUUCUUAUGGAGGAUGAUGAAAAACUAAAGGAGGAGCGAGACUUUGCCUUCAAAACCAGAGAGAAGACCUCUAAAGGAGCAGCAGCUUCUUCAUCAGAUACUGUAAAAGAUCCUAACUAUAAGCCCUGCUACGUGCCCGGAGCCUCUGGACUUCCCUCUUUGGACAACAUCCCGUCAGUGGCAGAUCUGGCAGCUUCGUUUGCAGCUCGUAAAGAAGAGAGACUAAAACAGGAGGCUGAGAAGAAGGAGGCAGAGAGGAGGGCUAAGUUGUCUGAAGACGAGCUGCAGUGGGAGGACGCGGGCAAAAGCUCUGGAGUGAAGAACGACGUGUGGGGAGAACAGAAAUCUGAGGAGGAAUUAGACGAAUGGGGCGCUCCCAAACAACCCAAAGAGGCAGAGGGUCCAUGGGGUACUCCCAACCGACCGGAGACCACCGAUACAGAGAUGGAAGAGGGCGCAGAUGCCUGGGGAGCACCUAAAAAUGGAGAAGAGCCUUUUGUAGAGGGCGAGGAUCCCUUUGGUGCUCCAGAAGUGGUUAAAUUCACAGAGGAGGACAGCGAAGACCCAUUCCAAGCCCCUAAAGACAAAUCUCCGGAGGGUAAACCUGAAUCUUUCCCUGUAUCUGAAGAGGACCCAUUCACCUCGAAAACAGAUGAUCCAUUUAGCACGCCCAAAGAUGACCCGUUUGCAACAGAUAAAGAAGAUCCAUUCAACACGCCCAAAGAGACUGAGGAUCCCUUCGGGGCACCCAAGGACGAUCCGUUUACGUCAUCAAAAAGCGACCCGUUUAACACCCCAAAAGAUGACCCCUUCUCCUCUAAAUCAGACGAUCCAUUUGGAGCGCCUAAAGAUGACCCGUUCAACGCACCCAAAGAGGACCCCUUUAAACCAGAGGCUGAGGAUCCCUUCGGUGCACCCAAGGAUGACCUUACAUCAUCAAAAAGUGACCCGUUCGAUACCUCAAAAGAGGAUCCAUUUGGGGCGCCUAAGGAUGACCCUUUCACCGCAGCUAAAGAGGGACCAAAGUCACCUCCUCCUAAAGACGACCCUUUUGCAGCACCGUCCAAACCUGCGGAGGACCCGUUUGGUGCACCCACGAGCCCCGUAGGAGAUGCAUUUAGACCUCCGACCUCCCCACCCAAAGAUGACCCCUUCAGCACAGCCGCGGGCGACCCAUUUGCAGCACCAACCACCCCCCCAAAAGAAGACCCUUUCUCUGCCCCGUCCAAACCAUCAGAACCAUCUGACCCCUUCGCCUCCCCCACCUCCCCCGUUAAAGCUCACCCAUUCACAGCACCCACAUCCCCUCCUAAAGAUGACCCAUUCACAGCACCCACAUCCCCUCCUAAAGAUGACCCAUUUACAGCACCCACAUCCCCUCCUAAAGAUGACCCAUUUACAGCACCCACAUCCCCUCCUAAAGACCUAGCCGUGGAUCCUUUCAGUGCCCCCUCACCCCCGCAAAGUGCAAACACCUGGGGGGACCUGGCCAGCCCUCCACCCUCCUCUGUGGCAGAUGCCUGGGGAGCUACGUCACCAUCACAGGAGACCAAAGCUCCAGACCCCUGGGGAGAUGGGCUAAGUGCCAAGUCCCCAGUGGACAAUUCAGAUCCAUUUGGAGACACCUCCAAACCAGACAAUGAUCCGUGGGGAGCACCAGCCUCAGCUCCAGUGAACACAGACGAUGCGUGGGGUGCCCCUGCCCCUGACUCCCUCUCCUCUCCCUCUGACCCUUUUGGAUCUAAAGGGGACCCCUGGGGUGCUCCCAGCAGCACCAGCCAAGGCACAGGAUGGCGAUCGGAUAAAGAUUUGGAGAUGUUUAAAAAGACUACUGCAUUUCUGGGUUCGGCCGGGGCUUCACUGGUCGACUUGGAUGACUUAUUUUGCUCUACACCCCCACCCAAACAUGGCGCCGCUGCUGUUGCCAAGGCAGCAGUCGCCUGGCAACCUAAAGCCACUGGCGCUUUGAACGCACCUUUACCGACGCCCUACCACCAAACAUCCUAUUUACCUGCCGGACAAAUUGGCUCCACUCCUUCGUACUCACCUUUUGGAGUUCCAAGUCAAUCCACUACGCCGUCCUUAUUCCAAAUGGAGACUGGGUCAAGUUUUGGGUCAAAGUUCACAGUUCAGAGUUCACCGGGUCAAACGCAAGGCUUGUCGUUGAGUCCACAGACAGUAUUUGAGGUGCAAUCGACCCAGCAAGAAUCUCUUUUUGGGGACUUAGUGGGUCUAGCAGGAUUUGGGCAAACAAACGCCGCUCCACCAAUGCAAAGUGGAGUUUCCAAUCAGAUAUUUUCAAACAGUAUAAAUGAAACAAAUAAUAAUUAUAACCCGUUUCUCUUAUAGAAGGGUAAGGCAAUGUCAAAGUCGUAUUUAAAAGGUUACAGUGGUAUACAUGCACACUCUAAAUUUGCUUAUUUUAUCACAUUUUUGUAGUUGUAAGAUUAUUAAAAUGACAUGUUAACGGCAAAGUCAUCACAUUUCUCACUUAUAUUUGUCGAUUUGGUAGUUUACAUGCCAUUUAAAUAAUCUUAAAUGUUCAUAAAUCAGAUUAUAAUCGGAUUUUGGUGUGCAUGUGAACAUAACCAGUCAGGAAGUUGUAAUGGGGCUUUUCUUAAAUUGUUUUCAUGAGUUUCAAAUCUAAUAGAGGUUGGGGUCAGACAUAAUAAAUGAUGUAGGUUUUGUAGGAAAUCUGACAUGUUUGUUGUAAUAAAUGUAAGUUUUAGUCGAGGAGUUUGCAUUUAAAAAUCUCAAUUACUGACGAGCUGACAAGAUUUAAAGCAUUUUUAAUACAUUUCAUAAUUUAUCUAAAAAAGAGAGAAAAUUAUGGAUACAUUGACUAAAAUAUAGAAGACAAUUUAUGAAAAGCCUGAUUUUAUGCUGAAAUGUCAUUAAACUAGAAAAAAAUUACUUAAUUUCAUGAAAACAAUGAGUUAAACCUGUCGUGAAACCCCUCCUUUUCAGAUGCAAUUCACAGUACGUGCAUUACCAGUUCAAACUUUAUUUGCACUUGUGAUGACUGACCAUGUGUUGUAGCCUCCAGUCUGUGUCCUGUCUCACGCACAAGUCUCAGAGACAGAGACAGAGCAGGGGUUUGUGGGAAUCAUACAUUAUAUUACACUGUUAACCACGUGUGACCAGUGAAGAAUGAGAAUUUAAUUAAGAUAAAUAGGAAACUGAAAUAUUAGAAAUCAGGGCUUGACUUAAACACCAGCCAAGACUACUUCAAAAUUCAAUUACUGUAUAUUUCAGACUUUAAGUCACACUUUUUUUUCAUGGUCUGGGUGGUCCUGCAACUUAUAUAUAAAAAUGUAUAUCUUAAAAUGUUCAGACUGACAGCCGCGAGAGGGCGCUCUAGGCUUGUGUGUCAGUACUACUAUUACUCCUGUACCACUGUCACUUUGCACUCUACUGCGCAUGCCUCCUGUCGUAAAAUCUAUGGUUUAUCUCCGGAGGUCACGCAGAAGUGACACAGAGGAUGAAGAAUUCAAUGGAUUUAGUGAUUUGGAGUGAGAUGGAGAGUUUGGUAAACUUAUGUUCUGUUGUUUAUGCUAUAGUUAUCUGAAGAACUGUUCAUAUGUGACGUUAACAUAUUAACGCCUAUUCAGCCUGUUGUUCUCUGUUCUAUUGUUAUUACUAGAACUUAACCUUUCAAGAAGAAAUGUCGGUUCCUGGUCUCUGAUGUUAUAAAAUGCAUUUCCUCAAAAAGUGCAACUUAUAGUCUGAAAAAUAUGGUACAAUAUUUAGAUUUUGCAAAGAUGCAGCUAUAACCGAAACAUGUCAGGAUUUAUUCAUCUUACUCACAAAUUCAAAUGAAACUAUUAAAUUAUGAACUAAAACGCUAUUGUGGCCUGUAAGUAUAAGAGUUUAGAAUAAAGGUGCACUGUGUAACUUUUCUGGUAGAGCGUCCACCACCUGCCAUCCACCUUUCUCCAUGGAUAUGUUAUUGUGUUUUCCAGGUAUUUUCCACAGUAUGGCAUUUAAUGUAACUCUCCAUGGCAGUCACAUAACCAGGUCAAGUUACAGGUCAGAUCUGCGGAGAAGCGGGCCCGCUCACAGCAAGAAUCCACGGUUUCGUGGUAGUUUUGAGAAAUAAAAACUCCUGUAAUGGGAUAAAUGCAGAUAGAUUUGUUUAAUGCCAUACUGUGCAGCGUCCCAGGCAAAGCAAUGGAGACAAGCAGGUGGCCCUCUACCACAAAAGUUACACAG